AGCCGCAAAGGAUUGUGGGAGAGCCUUGCCGUGCUGGAGACAUUUUGGAAUUAAAGGGGCUGAGUCUGAGCUAGCGUCAGUACUAGCUCUCGGUUCCCUGAGCUACGUAGAAGAUGUCCACCAUGGUGUAUCCACGGGAGGAGAAGCUGGAGAAGCUCUCUCAAGAGGAGAUCAUCUCCAACACAAAGCUGGUGAUCCAGGGUCUGGAGGCGCUGAAGAAUGAGCACAACUCCAUCCUCCACAGCCUCCUGGAGACCAUCAAGUGCCUGAAGAAGGAUGAGGAGGCCAACCUGGUGCAUGAGAAAUCCAAUCUGCUCCGCAAGUCAGUGGAGAUGAUAGAGCUGGGCCUUGGAGAAGCACAGGUGAUGAUGGCUCUGUCCAACCACCUGAACGCCGUGGAGUCAGAGAAGCAGAAGCUGCGAGCCCAGGUCCGGAGGCUGUGUCAGGAGAACCAGUGGCUGAGGGACGAGCUGGCCAACACCCAGCAGAAGCUGCAGAAGAGCGAGCAGAGCGUGGCCCAGCUGGAGGAGGAGAAGAAGCACCUGGAGUUCAUGAACCAGCUCAAAAAGUACGACGAGGACGUGUCGCCCACUCAGGAGGAGAAGGACAGAGAAACACCCAAGGAUUCCCUGGACGACCUGUUCCCCAACGAUGAAGAGGAGCACGGACAAGGAAUGCAACACCAACACAACAGUGCAGCGGUGGCGGCUGCCCAGCAGGGGGGCUACGAGAUCCCGGCCCGCCUGCGAACCCUGCACAACCUGGUGAUCCAGUACGCGUCCCAGGGCCGCUACGAGGUGGCCGUACCCCUGUGUAAGCAGGCCCUGGAGGACCUGGAGAAGACGUCUGGACACGACCACCCCGACGUGGCCACCAUGCUCAACAUCCUGGCCCUGGUCUACAGAGAUCAGAACAAAUACAAAGAGGCUGCCCAUCUGCUCAACGACGCUCUGUCCAUCAGGGAGAAAACCUUGGGCAAAGACCACCCUGCUGUGGCUGCAACGCUCAACAACCUGGCUGUUCUGUAUGGGAAGAGGGGGAAGUACAAGGAGGCGGAGCCACUGUGUAAGAGAGCUCUGGAGAUCAGAGAAAAGGUCCUGGGUAAAGACCACCCCGACGUGGCCAAACAGCUCAACAACCUGGCCCUGCUGUGUCAGAACCAGGGCAAGUACGAGGAGGUGGAGUACUACUACUGCCGCGCCCUGGAGAUCUACGAGAGCCGACUGGGCCCAGACGACCCCAACGUCGCCAAAACCAAGAACAACCUGGCAUCCUGUUUUCUCAAACAGGGCAAAUACAAGGACGCUGAGAUCCUGUACAAAGAGAUUCUGACCCGGGCCCACGAGAAGGAGUUUGGAUCUGUCGACGCUGAAAAUAAGCCGAUCUGGAUGCACGCAGAGGAACGAGAGGAAAUGAGCAAGGGCAAACACCGAGACAACACUCCAUAUGGAGAAUACGGAGGCUGGUACAAGGCCUGCAAAGUCAACAGCCCCACGGUCAACACCACCCUGAGGAACCUGGGGGCACUGUACCGCCGUCAGGGUAAACUGGAGGCGGCUGAGACCCUGGAGGAAUGUGCCGUGCGGUCUCGUAAGCAGAGCAACACAGGCAUCGACCCCCUCCACCAGAGCCGCGUGGGCGAGAUCCUGAAGGACACAGAAGGCGACCGGCGACGGAGCAGGGACAGCCUGACCAGCGUUAAGUAUGAGAGCGGAUCUGAGACCGGAGAGGAAGUGAGUAUGGGCGUGGAGUGGAACGGGGCCUAAGCCAUCAAGAUUAUUCCUCCAUCCUUCUCUUCUUCCAACACAAUUACAAACGGAUGUGUGUGUCGUUCCCUCUGGCCUCUUCCAUUCCGGUUUCCCCGACAGAGACUCUGAAAGUCCUUCCACCACCGCCACCGCUGGGACGUUUGGGCUUUCCAGAGCUGCUCUUCUUCUUCUUCUUCUUCUUCUUCUUCUUUCACUAACCGUGUGUCGUCCACGUUGGAGAAAAAAAACUCAACUCUGCCUCUUUCACUUCAAUAUCAAGAAUUGGAAAAAGUCAGUGAUAUUCUCAACAAAAUAAACAAAUGCAACGCAAAUGUUUCACAAACUGAACAAUAUUAGAACUAAAAACAGGAGAUCAGAACAAAAUGAUCAACACCUUUAACAAGGAUCAGCAUAACUCAACAAAAUCAAGAAAAUUGAAAGUCACUAAGAUUGUCAACAAAAUGAAGCCAGACCGAACAAAAUAAUAACCGUAUUUUUAUUUGAAUUAACAUAAACUGAACAAAAUCAUCCAAAAGUACACAAUUUUCACAAACUGUUAGCACCAAAAACAGUAUAAUUUUACAAAAUGGAUGGAAUUAACAAGAAUUAGCAAAGCGAUCAAUAAAACUAUCAACAAAAUGAACAAAGAAUGAGUAAAAUGAUCCAGAAAAUGAACCAAAAAUACUAAAAUUGAACCAAAAUAACAAACUGAUUAAUUGAUUAUCAUCAUAGUUGGUGAUUUAUCAGUAGAUUGAAUAAUUCAACACAUGAACUGAAGUUGAGUUUUUUCUGCUCCUCCUGCUGGUCAAACACUGUACUGCAUCAUAAGGACUGAACAACACGGUACUCUGCUGCUUCUUCUUCUUCUCCUCCUUCUCCUUCUCUUCCUCCUUCUUCUCUUCCUCCUUCUUCUUCUCUUUCCUUCACUAACCCUUGGUCAUCCACGUUGGAAAAACAAACUCACCUCUUUUCUCUUGGACUCUCGUUCACCUUUGAAUCCUUGUGUGUUUUCUGUCACUUUCACAUGUUUCCUUCUCCAUUUGUGAAUCUUCAUGAGAACAUUUAUAGGCUUGAGCUGAAGCCAAGUUGCAGAUUCUCUGUUCGAACAAGGUGACAGAUACUGGAAGAUGUUGGACAUGAUAUCAUACAUAUAUUUAUUUCUAUGUCUGAUGCCUUGAACGUUGAAGCCGGCUUUUCCUUGGUGCCUGUAUUUAGCCAUAUCCGUUUAACUCUGAGAUCAAACGCCUAAAAUAAAAAAAAUGUAAAAAAAAAAAAAAAACAUAAAAAAAAAAAAAUAAAACGGUACUGUACUGUUAACACAUGCUAUCAUCCUUAAUGUAGACGGUGUGAAAUAAGAAGGGAGCAUCGCCAUUAUUUUGUUUUUAUAGAUGUUAUCGGUUUAAUUUUUUGUAUGAAUUUGUUUACAUUACAUUUUUUUUAAGUUGCUUGCUAUGAUGUGCUUUCGUUUCGGGCUGAAUAUGAAGGCGGUGGCGUUGGAUCCAGAUCAAAACAGGGAAACGCCAUGUAACGGGAAAGGAUGCUGCUGUUGCCAUGGUGAUAUGGUGUCAGGAGGAGACCAUAGGGCUGGGUGAUAGCAUACACUGAAGACACCACUAAUCAGUCAGUCUUUUUUUGGUGACGUUUUUAUUUAUGCUUCUAAAUUAUUCACAAAAGACACAAAAACAUGAAAAAAAGGAAAAGUCGCUACAAGAACAAAAUACAGUAAAAACAGAGGAUGCAACAAGAUGGAAAUGAUUUAAAUGUCACAAAAUGAAGAAAAUUUUGAGAAAUUUUAGAUAUAAUGAGAAUAACAUCAAAGCCCUGACAGGAUGAAAAUGAUGGAGAAUGAAACGUGUCACGAUGAAAUUAAAGAUUAAAAUAAUGAAAAAGAAAAAUUAAGGAACAUUAUACAAAAGUGGCAACAAAAUGCAAUGACACAAAAGAUGUGAAAACAUGAAAAUGACUGAAAAGUCACAAGUAGAUGAAGGUAAAUAAAGUAGACGUAAACUAGAUGAUGUAAACAAAAAUAAUGUUAAAUUUGCAACAAAAUAAAGUUAUGUUUAAAGGAAAAAAAAACCUUGAUUGAAAUCACGUUGGGCUGAAAAAUGAGUCAAAAGAUCAAAAUAAAUAAGAAAAUUGUAACAAAAAAUUACAUUAAACAAAGUCACGAUGAAAUUUACUGAAAAGUUCGAACUAGAUGGAAACGCCGUAAAAUUUAAGACAAGAUGAAAAGAUGUGACAAAAUUUAUGUAAAAAAAAAAAAAAAAAAUCUAAUGAAAAUUACACAAAAGACACAAGAUGAAAAGGAUGAUGUAGAACGUGACAGGAUGAAAACAGGAAAGUGUAAAAGAUGUGAAAAUGUAAA